GGAGUCCCAAAAGCAAAAAAGCACUAGUGUCUUUGAAACAAGAUGCCUUCAAGAAGAGGAUGAAAUUACUUCAACAAGUACCUGUAAUGGCUUCUUUCAAAAUGAUUCAACAACAUUCCUUAAAGGAUCAGAAACAAAUCAGCAAGAAACAAGUAGCUUGUUGACCCCACAACGUCGUCCUAGAGGGAGACCACGUAAAAAAUGCAAGACUGAACCAACAUCAUGCUCUCUCACGCAUAAUGAGGAUGAUGUGGCCACUAAUUCAACAGAUGAAUCUGUAUUCCAUCCCACAACAGCAUCAAUCCUACUUUUGCCACGAAGCAGGCCUCGAGGACGUCCUAGAAAAAAUCCUCUAUCAAAACAAAGCAUACCAGCAGCAUUCAGUAAUGAAGAAACCAAUAAUUUUAAACUUGAAGGAAAUACUGUUUUAGCACAGUCUGUAUUGCCAUCAUCAGAGGAGCUUUCAGAAAUCCAGAAUUUUGUUCCUUCGUCAACCCAAGAAGAUUCUGAUUAUGGGGAAUCACAGUUACGAAGAAGCUCUCGGAAAAGAAAACCUCGGAAAAAAUUGUAUGAAAGCAGUGACGAAGAAGAAGAACAUAACUUGAGUUGUGAAGAACCUCAUUCUGAAACCCAAGAUGAGGACCAACCUUUUGAGGACCCCAGAGAAAAAACAAGGUUAAGUAGUGCUGUCAACGGACCAAAGAAGCGAGGAAGUCGUCCAAGAAUCAGUAAUUUAGCCGAUGUAACCUGCAGCAUUUGUGGCCGGAUGUUUAAAUCUAGGUUCAGUUUGAAGGUUCAUAUGUACACACACACUGGUGAAAAGCCAUAUGAAUGUAGUCUUUGUGGAAAAAGCUUCAACCAGAGAAGUAGUUAUGACUGUCAUAUGAGGAGACAUACUGGUAACAAACGUUUCAAAUGCCCUUACUGUGAAUAUAGAGCUGUGGCGAACAUUGAUAUUCAACGUCACAUACCAACUCACACAAAGGAGCGUAAUUAUAUGUGUGAAAUAUGUGGAAAAGCAUUUGCAAAUGAUAAUCGUUUAAAGGAACACAUUAAGUUUGUCCACAACAAAAUGCCUAUAGAAGUUUGUGAUGUGUGUGGAUUUGUAACCCACACUAGGGAGAUUAUGCGUCGGCAUUAUAUAAUUAAACACACAGAUCUUGAGAAACUACAGUGUCCUGUGUGUAAUGCUGUUGUCAAGCAAAAGGCAUCUUUUAUUGUCCAUCUUCGACGGCAUACGGGCGAAAGACCAUUUUCUUGUGAACAGUGUAAUAAGGCUUUUAAGAGUACUUCACAACUGAAGGCCCAUAGGAAGAUCCAUGAAGAAGGACAGUAUCUUUGCAACAACUGUGCACGGAGAUUUAAAACCAAAAGCCACCUCCAGCGACAUGAAGUGGUGCAUCUCGGAAUCAAGCCUUUUAGCUGCCACUUGUGUUCCUAUUCUUGUAACGUAAAGGGUAAUCUGACUAAACACAUUAGAACAGUCCAUCAUCUUCCAGACUUCACCAUGCGUCAGACUCAGAAUGUUGCAGAUGAUAGUGAUGAAGAUGCUGCUAAAAGAGGAAUGGAUGUAGCAGAAACGUUUCUGCGUGAAUUUUCUGAACAUUCUGGACAAGAGCAUACUGUUGAAAGUCUUCGAUUGAAGGAGUUGGAGAAGGAACGUCUAGAAGAAGCUUUAUUAAAUGAGAUGAGUGUGCCAGAGAAUGUGCUGGAAGAAUUCCGGAUAAACAACAAAAAGAAACAGAAAAUUCAUCAGCAGGAAACUACAUCCACACAGAAUAGUACAGUGAACCAACCUUCAGAGGAAGUGUCCUUAGAGAGCAAUUCAUCUGAGAUACCUACCACUUCGGCUGUUUCAGUCGAAAAAGAUAUAUUAGUAGAUGCAAUGAAACUUCUUACAUCUCUUGCCUCUCCAGAAGAGGAGUCUGAAAAUGUCUCGGAGGCAUCUUCAGAUUCCAGGUUAGCGAUACCUCCAUCAAAUAUGACCAGUAAGCAACAGAAUGAAACCCAGUUUCAGAAGGAAAAUCAGGUUAACAUCCAAAAUGGACUAAUCUCGGAGCUUGUUGAGAGCCCUGAUAACAGUGGACAGCCAAUGAAAAUGUUUAUUAUUCAGUUGCUUCCUGAUCAACAUUGAACCAGUUUUGAAACAAGCCUUAAAAAUAUUGUUUAUUAACAUAGAAAAUGUAUAAAUUCAGUCAUAGAGUAUUUGAAAUGUAAUAUAGAGUAGAUAUUGUAAUACAUUUCUCUCGUUCAAAAGUGCUGCUUCUUGUUUUCUUAUGUUGAAAUAGUGUGUGUGGAAUUUAAUAACUUACAUACAAAACUAAUGCGUAUUCCUAGCUUUUUCAGUGAAGUAUACUAAACUAGUAUUAGUUGUUAUUGCACCUAGUAAAGGCCUGACUUGUAACUAUUAAGACGUGUCACUAGUGUGUUGACGUAAAACACUAUUAAGAAGCAUAUGGUUAAAAUAAACAGUUUUUCUGAA